CAAAUCAUUUAAACAAAUCAAACAUCCAACAGGCACCCCACCCCCAGACCUAGCGACAACAUGGAAACCUAUCUGACGGAGAUCAAACAAUUGCGCAUACCACGCCCGAAAUUCGAGCCCAACAGUUGCCAUCAGCAGCACCAACAUGCGGUGGUUAGCUCGUCCUCAUCCUCGACCACGCCCACCCAGCCACCACCGCCCCUGCACCACCGGCAGUGGCGGCACUUUGUGCGACCCUUUACGCCGCCCCGCGAUUACCAUUUGCCGAUGGUGGCCGAGGGUUCCAUUCACGACAAGAUGUGAGGAGGGCCGGAUGAAUAUAUACCAUAACCCUAUAUACGAUA